CCCGAUCACAAGGAAGGGCUGAAUCCCCUUCCUGUUGCCCGUCGAAGGCGUCUCAGGGACCGAUCCAGGCACAUCUUGGUUUAAGGGAAAUACAAAGGAACGAAUCGAUCAGACCGGCUCGGAUUCAUGGACGGCUGUAAGAGAGAGAUCUCCAGCAGAAGAUAGCAGCUGUCAGACCGAUGCUCCGGUGCACGUGAAGGGGCCAGCUCCUGAAACGUCGCGAUCCAGGUGAGGAAGAUGCAGCUGAACGGCACCCAGUUGCACGAAGUCUGCCGGGACUAUCACUACAUAACGGAACUGCCCAACUGCAGCGACCACGAUCAGAUCCAUCGACUGCAGCUGGCUUGGCACAGCUUACAACUGGCCAUCGGCCUCCCGCUCAACGCCGUGGCUCUCUGGGUCUUCAUCUGCCUCCUGGGCCUGCGGACGGUGGUGACGGUUUACCUGGUCAACCUGGCCGCCUGCGACCUGCUCUUCACUCUGGCGCUGCCCCUGCGGAUCUACUACUUCACCACUGACCUCUGGCCGCUGGGCAAUGUGCUGUGCCAGCUGGCGGGCUCGCUCUUCCAGCUCAACAUGUACGGCAGCUGCCUCUUCCUGGCGGCCGUCAACGUCGACCGCUUUCUGGCGCUCGUGCACCCACUCUACUCCCGGCCCAUGCGCCGGCGCCGGGUGGCCUGGAAGGUGUGCGGGGUGGUCUGGGCGCUCAUCGUCCUGGGGUCCAUCCCCGUGGCCCUGGCCCACGACACCAGCUGCUGCCAGGGCGCCAACUCCACCGUGGAGGUGCGCUGCUUCGAGAGCUUCUCCAAGCGGGCCUGGAAGAUGGAGCUGCUGCCCCUCGUAGUGCUGGCGGAGAUCCUGGGCUUCCUGCUGCCCCUGUCAGUCGUCCUGUACUGCUCUGUCCGUAUCCUGUACACCCUGAGCCGCAGGGGGGGCAGCAGGCAGGGGGAGGGCGAGGUCCGGAGGAAGAAAGUGCGCCUGCUCCUGCUGGCCAACGCCACCAUCUUCGUCCUGUGCUUCCUGCCCUACAACCUGCUGCUGGCGAGCUAUGCGGGGCUGAGGGCCAAGGACUCAGGCAACACAGAGUUGAGGGCCAAACUCCGCUUCGCCCUCCAGAUCACCAUGCUCUUGUCGAGCUCCAACUGCUGCCUAGACCCGCUGGUCUAUUAUUUUAGCACAGAGGGCUUCCGGGCUACCUUCCGGCGCAAGCCCCUCGGCCCGACCUUUUCCAGGGCUUCGGGCCAGGGGCGAUGGACACUCCUGCUACCGUCUAGGAAAUGGCGUGACCGGGCCAGGUCCUCAAUCCCCGGAUCGCCCCCUGUGCAGUUCCAAGUUGUGAGCAAGAACGAGGUGCUGGAGAACGGGGAGGUUAAAGAGGAGACAGGGGAGGAGUGCUUGUAGACUGUCUGGGUGGGUGACCCUUUGAUCCCACGAUAAUUUUUGAGCCAGCCAUUACUGUUCAAUCUUAGGCUCCCAAUCAGUCCCACUCCUUCCCUCUCACUCCUCUUGUCCACACCCCCAAAGAACCACCCUCCACCAUUCACUCCUUCCCACUCCCUUCCCUUGUCCACACUCCUAAAGAAUACCCUCCAAUUCUUCCAAUUCACUCCCACUGUCCACUCUCAACAGGCAGGUACCUUUACCAUCAGAAAAAUGUAUACAACAUACAUCCUGAAAUUUAUUUCCUUCGCAAACAUCCACAGAAACAGAGGUGUACAUCAAAGAAUGAAUGACAGUUAAACCUUUGAACACCAAAGCCCCCUCCUAUGCACAAGCAACAGCCCUCACCACACCCCCACUCCCAUGAGCAAAGAAGCAUCAGCUCCUUCCAUCGAACAUUCAAGGGGGUGCAGCAAAACAUCAAUAAAGACAGUUGUGCAGUACUCCAAAGGCCAGUAGAUUGCACGGUAGUUCGGCGUACCACACGCUCUCUCUCCUUAAUAAGGGGAAAAAAGAGGGGUCCCCUGUUUCACAGAGAGAAGGGAGACAGAACAAACAUCUCACUGAUUCGCGAUGUUAGAAGUCUGUUGUGUCGCUUUUUCUGAGCUCUGCGCCCAGACAGUCAGGCCCAGCAAGGUGCAGCUCCCCAGACACACAGACCCCACCCCGGCAGCUGACCGCUGCUCCCCAUGUUCUGCCACGGUGCUUCAGUCAGGUCCUCCGGACCAGAACCACAAAAUUCUGGCACCCUGAAGGUGUGCUAGUCUUCCUCGGGAUAUCAAAAAGCAGCCGGUCCUAAGGCCUUGAGAGCGGGUCCCAUUCCCGCAAAGAACUGAAGACUUCGCCCCGUUCCUCUGCUCCUAAUGGAGCCCAACAAUUCCUAAUCACUCCAACUGCACACACUCCCAAUGACCCAGCCUACCCAACCAGUCUGCACUCUCAAUAUAUCCCCCACUCAUAAUACACAGCAGCCCUUUCUGUGCACUCCACCACCCAUGCUUGUAAGGAGUCCAACCCUUUCCACGACCACAGGCACUCCGAACGCUUCCUGCCCACUCUCGAUGACCCAACAGACACUGCGUUGACUGCAGAUCGAAAUCACUCAGAGUCUGACGGUAGGGGUGCGACAUGUAUUCACUUAUCUUGACUGGUCUCAAAGUGCAUGAGAUAAAAAAUAGGCAAGUCAACAUAGUUUCCAGUAUCUGCAAUCACAUCAAGUUCUUCUGAGACUUUUCACUUGGACGUGGUCCAAUUGAUUUCAGGAAUUAUCAGCUGUAAGGAAAGAUAGGACAAACUUGGAUUGUUUUUUUGUGGGGAUUUUUGGAGGCUGAGGAGAGACAUGUAAGAGCAGGAUAGGCAAAUGGAAUACAGUGUUGGGAAAUGUACAAUUAUGCGUUUUGGUAAAAGGAACAAUAGUGCAGAUGGUUAUCUAAAUGGGAAGGAUAUUCAAACAAUGGAGUUACAGGGGACUUGGGAGUCGACAUGCAAGACUCCCAGAAGGUUAAUUUAAAGGUUGAGUCUUUGGUAAAGAAGGCAAAUACAAUGUUGGCAUUCACUUCAAAGGAAUAUAGAAGCUAGAUGAUAAUGCUGAGGCUUUAUAAGACACCAGUCAGGCUGCACUUGGAACAGUGUCAACAGUUUUGGGCCCAUAUCACAGAAAGGAUGUGUUGUCAUUGGAGAGAGUCCAGACGAGAUUCACAAGGAUGAUUCAGCGAAUGACGGGGUUAACAUAUCAGGAGCGUUUGGCAGCUGUGGGUCUGUACUCAUUGGAAUUUAGAAGAAUGUGGGGGGAUCUCAUUGAAAUCUAUUGAAUGUUGAAAGGAUGAGAUGGGGUGGAUGUUGUAAGGAUGUUUCCGAUAGUGGGGGUAUCCUAAUCUGGAGGGCACAGCCUCAGAACUGAGGAGUGACCUUUCAGAACAGAAGCAAGGAGGUGUUUUUUUAGCCAGAGAGCAGGAAAUCUGUGGAAUGCUCGGGCACAGACUGCGGUGGAGGACAAGUCUGCGUAUACCUAAGGCAGAAGCUGAUAGCUUCCUGAUCGGUCAUGGCAUCAAAGGUUAUAGCAAGAAGGAAGGUGUAUGGGGUUUAGGGGUGUCCAGAAUCAGCCAUGAUAGAAUUACGGAGCAGACUCAAUGGGCUGAAUGGACUAAUUCUGUCCCUGUGUCUUACGGUCAUAUGCUCUAACAUUAUAAGAUUACAGGAGGCUACAAUACAUCCUUUCUGAAAUAAGGGGUUCAAACCUGUUGACAAUACCCCAAGUGCGACCUGACCAGUGUCUUGUAAAGGCUCAGCAUUAACUCUCUGCUUUUACAUUCUGUAACACUUGAAAUGUGUGCCAACACUGCACUUGCCGCCUUGACUGAAAAUCUUGCUUCUGUGGUGAGCGUACAGUCAGAAUCUUGGCAGCGGUCAGGUGCUGUACUUUGUGAGCUGGACAGUAAAGGAAAGAUGUACAGCAUACAGCAGUGCUACCAGGAACAGUGAUAUAUGAGCCAAAAGCUCCCUAGAAGUUGCAUCACAGGUAUUCAGAGUGGAAAAGCUUGCAAGUAGCAUAAUUACAUUCAUUGCUGGGGGCAUAGAGUAUGAGACUUGGAAUAUCAUGAUGCAGCCAUCAACUACUCUGGUCUGGCCAUACUUGCAGAAUUGGCUGAAGUCCUGGUGGCUGCUGAGGCUUUAUAAGGCUCUGGUGAGGCCACCUCCUUCGGUAUCAUGAACAGUUAUCUAGGGAAAGUUGUGCUGGCAUUGGAGAGUGUCUGAAGGAGGUUCACAAGGAUGAUUCUGGGAAUGAGAGGGUUAUCAUACGAGGAACAUUUGAUGGCUCUGUGUCCGUACUGGCUGGAAUUUAGAAAGGUGAGGGGGGGUAAAUCUCAUUCAAGCAUUUCAAAUGUUGAAUGGCCCAGACAGAAUAGAUGUGGAAAGGAUGUUUCCCGUGGUGGGGGAGUCUAGGACAACAGGGCACAACCUCAGGAUAGAGGGGCGCCCUUUCAAAACAGUAAUGCAGGGAAAUUUCUUUGUGGAAUUUGUUGCCACAGGCAGCUGUGGAGGCCAAGUCGUUGGGUGUAUUUUAUGCAGUGAUUGAUUGGUUCUUGACUGCAUAUGGCAUCAAAAGUUAUGGAGAGAAGGCCAGGGAAUGGAGCUGUGGGUUGGGGGGAGGUUGUUGGUGGGAGAAAAGGGACUAGCCAUGAUAGAAUGACGGAGCAGACUUGAUGGGCCAAAGGGCCUAAUUCUGCUCCUAUGCCGCAGAAGAUUAUUAGGGGCAAGUGUCGAGCUGUUAGUCAGCAUCAUUGCUAUAUUUUCCCCGAGGUAGAAAUGCCAAGCAGAGGAGGGAAAAUGCGAUGAGCGAGACAUGUUUUUUUUUCACAGAGAGGACAGUGCACGUCUGGAUUGGGCUGCCAGAUGCAGUUGAGGAAGCAGAAACUGUGGAUGUGGUGAAGAGAAUGGAGGGAUAUGGACCAUGUGCCCAGACCCGCACUCCAGACCAGAGUGUUUUGUAGAUAAUAGUAACCACGUUUUAAUUUGAAAUGUCAGCUUUGUAAAACCCUGGUCCCUUUCAGCAUUUUGUGAGUAAAUAAAAGUUUGUAGUUACGCUAACUCGGUUGGUGGGGUGGGGACACGUCUCCACCAAAGCAGGUGUGAGGUGCUACUUCCCUCCGCUAGCCUGCAGUUCACCCUUGGGCAAGGGGUCGCACCUGCUUAGACCCCCCCACCCGCACUUCACCGCUCCCUCCUCACCCCCGCCACGAGAGCAGCUACUGGAUGGUCAUAUCAGCAAAUGGUGCAUUGCAGAAGUCCUGGGUACACGUCCUGGGUCCUGAUGCCAGCGACAAUCUCUGAACAGGGUUGAUAAUGGCUGGGGAGUGGGUGGGGGUGGGGGGGUGCAGGGUCACCUGCCUUGUAAAGGCAUUGCCCAGAGGAAGGCAUUGGCAGGCCACUUCUGUGGGGAAAAUUUGCCAAGAACAAUCGUGGCCAUAGACAGACCGUGAUCAUCUGUCCUGCAACACAGCACACAAUGAUGGUGACGAGUUCUGUGUUUUUUUUUAAAAAGAGAUUAAGUGUUAUUAGCAUAAUUAGUCUGGUGCAACACUGUGGGGCUGAGAGUCCUAUUCCUGCACUACUUUUCUAUAUUAUGUGGAGUUUAAUAAUGUAUGCCUAUGAGUGCAACAAUAAAGUUGAACUGCAAGACUGGG